CCUCAUCUUGUUCGUUUCAGUUUCACCACUCACAAAUCCACUUAACACCCCUCCCUUGUCCUAGCUAGACGCAGAAGUCGAGGAAGAGAAAAACGAUGGCACAAAUGUGGCUUCUUUGGUGGCCAAAAAACACCUGCACCACCCCCAAAAGCGGCGACGAUACAGGUGCAGCCGGGAGCACCGCGACCACAAGGGCCACGACGGGUAGAACGUCCUCAUUGGGCAAAAAUGGGACGGCAAGGAGUUGUUGUAACUGUAGGUGUCUGGCAAGGUUCAUGAGGAAGGUGAAGAAACAGAGCAAGGAGAUGGUGCGCUCUGCAGGAGCAAGUAGGCAAAGUUCAUUCCAGUGCCGGUAUGAUCCAUUGAGCUAUUCUCUCAACUUUGAUAGAAGCGGGUGCGGGAGCUCAGUAGAUGAUGAAGAUUACUAUCAGUUCUAUGCAUUCUCUUCAAGGUUUGUGGCCAAUCCAAGAUCUAGAAGACAUUGCUCAACCCACAUGCUGCCUGCUGCUUCUCAACGUAGUCCCUCUACCAUUUCUUCCUAGUUUUCUUCCCUUUUUUCCAUGAGUUGUGAUUAUCAUUUUGUUAUUUAUCAAACAAAGACUACGUAUCAUGUAUACGUUUAUGGAGGAAUGAGGAAUGAAAUCUCUAGU